UUAAGAAGGAUGGUAUUUCUUUCUUAGCUCAACUGGGCGAACUGAUCCAGGGAAUUGUGAUUCUGUGUAUCAUGUGCUUUCGACAAUUUGUGGUAGCCUUCCUACUUUUGUCUCUAACGGCAGUUGUUUUGUGCUUACGAUCCACUGAAGAAAGAGCAGUGUAUGCCAGCUCUAUUAAAAGGCCCAGGCAAGCUGCUGGUCUAAGGAAAGGAUCACGAACUUCCUUUCAACCAUCAACAAUUGUAAAGAAUUUACGUCGAUCGCAAAUUCGACGUAAUAGCAAUGAAGUUGGGUUAAAGAGUUUAUUUUUCUUUUGUACAACGGAAUGUGGUAAAGGGCAAUAUUGCAGCAAGCUAGGUUUCUGUCGCCCACUGAAGUUUGAUGGUGUAACGUGUAAAAAGGAAGAGCAAUGCUUAAGUGGUAUCUGCUUGGACAGUGAAUGCAAGGCUUGUAAUGUAGAUGAUGACUGUCCAAGUAAAGGAAAACGUAUGCACAGACUAGACGAUGAACAAAAGAAGUAUUGCCAAGAAAACACCUGUGUGGCAUGUGUACAGGAUGAUCAUUGCGAAACUGGACAGGUGUGUGCGAGUGACAACACAUGUAAAGAGUGCGACUCAGACGAUGACUGUAGCGAAGAUAACGUUUGUUCAAAAACUGGAGCUGAAAAUAGGUGCGCCCAAUGUUACAAUGACGACCACUGUCAAGACGGUCAAAGAUGCUCCUAUGGACAUUGCGUAGAAUGCCUAGAGGACAUCGACUGUGCUAGUGGCCGCUGCCAGUCAACACGCUGCGAGGCUCCUGUGUGUAAAGGAUCGUGUACGUCUAAUUCAGGCUGUAUAUCAGGCGUGUGUUACAUAAGGACAUCUUUUUUCAGGGGUUCAAGGACAAGAUUAUUUGGUCAUUGUGAACCUUGUGAAAUGGAAUAACUAGAUAUAGAAUUGUUGAACUUAGACUGAAACUAUUUGUUACAAAUAGAAAGGUUGAUAUACCAGGGAUAUAUAGAGAUUAUCCACCAUUUGGUUCGAGAUAUUGGGAUUAUCUCGAGGCAUAUAUAUAUUUUAUUGGCCAUGAGAUAAUCCCAAUAUCCUGAACCG